UGUCCACCGUGCGCCCACCGUUAAUGCAAGCAUGUCUUUUCCUUCUCUUAGUUCAGAAGUAGUUUGUGCAGCGUGGUAGUUGUGAUUUUGUGGGUAGACCAGGCUCUCUUGGAGAGCAGCAGUGUUGUAUUCAUUGCUUAAAGGCAUCACAAUGCUCGUUUUAUUUGAGACCGCUGCUGGCUAUGCAAUUUUUAAGGUCCUCGAUGAGUCGAAACUCGAAGAGGUCGACGAUCUAUGGAAGGAGUUUGAAACCACAGAAAAAGCCAACAAAGUUGUGAAGUUGAAACACUUUGAGAAAUUCCAAGAUACCACAGAGGCAUUGGCAGCGGCAACUGCCAUGACUGAGGGGAAGAUCGGGAAAAGCCUGAAGAAGAUCCUGAAGAAAGUGGUGGCCAAAGAGGCUCACGAGCAGCUUGCCAUCAGUGAUGUUAAACUCGGAGGGGUGAUCAAGGACAAGCUGAACCUGAGCUGUGUGCACAGCCCUGCUAUAGCAGAGCUUAUGAGGGGCAUUAGGACCCAGAUGGAGGGGCUCAUCACUGGCCUGCCUCCUCGUGAGAUCAGUGCCAUGUCCCUUGGGCUUGCACACAGUUUGUCCCGUUACAAGCUGAAGUUCAGUCCAGACAAGGUGGACACCAUGAUCGUUCAAGCCAUAUCUCUGCUGGAUGACCUGGAUAAAGAACUGAACAACUACAUCAUGCGCUGCAGAGAGUGGUACGGCUGGCACUUCCCAGAGCUGGGAAAAAUCAUCACCGACAACCUGGCAUACUGCAAGAGUGUCCGCAAGAUAGGUGUCCGAACCAACGUGGCCACCACAGACCUGUCAGAUCUCAUCCCUGAGGAGAUUGAAGCCGAGGUCAAACUCGCCGCUGAAAUCUCCAUGGGAACCGAGGUAUCCGAGGAGGACAUCAACAAUAUCAUGCACCUGUGUGACCAGGUGAUCGAUAUUUCAGAGUACCGCACACAGCUUUACGACUAUCUGAAGAACCGUAUGACGGCCAUCGCCCCCAACCUGACUGUGAUGGUGGGAGAACUGGUGGGCGCUCGCCUUAUCUCACAUGCUGGAUCUCUGCUGAAUCUGGCCAAGCACCCCGCCUCCACAGUGCAGAUCCUGGGAGCAGAGAAGGCCCUGUUCAGAGCCCUGAAGACACGCAGAGACACGCCCAAGUACGGGCUGAUCUACCACGCCUCCCUGGUGGGCCAGACCACAGCCAAGAACAAGGGCAAGAUCUCCAGAAUGCUUGCAGCCAAGGCAUCCCUAGCUAUUCGCUAUGAUGCCCUGGGUGAAGACACAAACGCUGAGAUGGGUAUUGAGAACCGUGCUAAGCUGGAGAUCAGACUACGCAACCUGGAGGACAAGGGAAUCAGAAAAAUCACUGGAUCAGGAAAAGCAUUGGCCAGGGCUGAUAAAUACCAACACAAAAGUGACGUUAAGGUGUACGAUCCCUCUGGUGACUCGACGCUCCCCUCAACCUCCAAGAAGAGGAAGUUUGAGGAGGUAGAGGAGGAAGAGGUAGCCACAACAACGCCCGUCAAGACCAAGAAGGUGAAGAAGGAAGCAGCAGCAGAGGAAACGCCGACGGCUGCCGAAGAACCUCCCAAGAAGAAGAAGAAAAAGAAGGACAAGAAGGCCGAGGCUGCAGCCGAGGAGGAGGAAGAGGUGGUGGAGGUGAAGGAGGAAGAGAUGGAGGAGGAGCCCACAGAGGAAACCACAGAAAAGAAGAAGAAGAAGAAAAAGAAGAAGAUUAAAGAGGAGGAAGGAGAAUAAGAUGGAUGGGGAUAUAGUGUAUAUUAUUUGUUUGCGUUUGUCACUGUGCAUGCAUCUGACUCAGACUGGGCAUGGUCCUUUGUUGUGGGAACCAGGUGUCUUCGUUUAAGAAAUUGUUCAUUCCUAAAUGAGUAAUGAACAUGUUUUUACGAGCUUAAGUCUGGAUGAUUGUGAGUCAUGUUGUAUGUGAGUAUGUUUUGAGUUUAAAAUCAUUGAAAAUCGAUUUAGUGUAGUGUAACUUUGUUUCUUCACUCAAUCUCGUCUCAUUCUGCGCACAUACCUCCUUUAUAUAAAAAAGCUUUUUUCCAAGGAUGGCCUCUGCCUUUAAAGGCUAACAAUGUCAUUUUCUGGUCAAUUAAAUGAAUUUGUUUAUUUUAA